AGCUCAGUGUAAUCUGCGAAUUGAAGUUAGACACUUCCUUCUCCGUUCAAACAAGAAGAGUCCUCAAUGCACUAUAAUCAGGAGAAUUGUUAGAAUUGCUGUGCACGCGGGCACAACACGCGACUUCUGAAUGGAAGGGAACAGUCUAAUACAUUGGAAUUAUUAAUACAACUGAAACUCAUUUAUGGGAUUACAAAUUUGUCAAAGACCAAGGAUGUUAUUUAACAUAAAACAUAUCCUGUGGUGGUUAUUUUAUGUACACCAGACAGUAGAUGGCACUUUUUUGGAACUGAACCCUAUCAGCGGCUCUCUUUCGGGCAGGGUCGUCCUACCCUGUCACUUUAAUGCUUUCCCCACCACUAUGCCCAUCAUCAACAGCACUGGGAGGACAGAAUACUUGCGCAUCAAAUGGACAAGGAUGGAGGGUGAUACCGAAAGUACAGUUCUGGUGGCACAGCAGGGGAAGAUUAAAAUUGCAUAUAGCUACAGGAAACGGAUUUCAAUCCCCAGCCACCCUGAGGACAUUGGGGAUGCCUCCCUGACGAUAGUCAAACUGCGUGCUAGUGAUGCAGGGCGAUAUCGCUGUGAAAUCAUGUAUGGUGUUGAGGAUAAGCAGGACACCGUUUCCUUGGAUGUCAAUGGUGUUGUGUUUCACUACCGGGCAAACACCAGCAGGUAUAGUAUGAAUUAUGAUCAGGCUGUAAAAACUUGCCAGUCUAUCGGAGCCUCAAUUGCCACGUUUGCCCAGCUAAAAUCAGCCUAUGAAGAUGGUUUUGACCACUGUGAUGCUGGCUGGACUGCAGACCAGACAGUGAGAUAUCCAAUCACAAAACCCAGGGCUGGUUGCUAUGGAGAUAAAAUGGGAAAACCUGGUGUCAGAACAUAUGGAGUUCGAGACCCUAAAGAGACGUAUGAUGUAUAUUGCUAUGUGGACAAACUCGAAGGUGAGGUUUUUUACGCACCUGUCAAUUACAAGAUGACCCUAGAAGAGGCUAAAGAGGAGUGCAAACGGAGGAAUGCUGUCCUGGCCUCCCCCGGUCAGCUCCAUGCAGCCUGGCGUCAGGGUCUGGACAGAUGCGACUAUGGAUGGCUGUCUGACGGAAGUGCCAGAUACCCAGUUUCUAAACGCAAGUCCCAGUGUGGAGGUGGCCUUCUGGGAGUAAGGACCAUGUACCGUUAUCAUAACCAGACAGGCUUUCCUAGCCACAACUUAAAACUAGGGGCCUACUGCUUUAAAGGUAAAAUACCUGCAAACCAAAUAACUUGGGUUGAUGUUGCUGUGAAAAGUAAAACAACAGCUUCACAAAGGCUGGGAGGGUCAUCUGCCAAGCUGUCUGCAUCUUCAAUUUUUGUGGACAGGACCUCUUCUAAACCAACUUCUAAACCAGCUAUACCGAAGGACACAAAAGACAUAAAGUAUGAAGAAUUUCCCAAAGCAGAACAUGUCAGAUUGUCAACAUCGGAGCUCGGGUUUACUUUUAUUCCUGAUACAACUCGAGCCAGGAUCUCCUCCCAUGUUUCUGAAGAUGGAGCUGAGGAUUUACAACCAGACACGUCUGAGGUUCUCACAGAGCCACCUUCUAUGUUUUCAACAAGCAUGGCUAUUCCACGCCAGACAGUGACAGACAGCAUUAUUCGUGGAUCUCCCACAGCAGCUUCAUUCCAAACUGGAAAAUACAGUGAAUUCACAAUGGCACCCCUGUUUGAAGAUUUUUUUCCACAGAAUCAGGUAGAGUCAUUCCCCAGGGGUGACUUAUUUACCCUCUGGCAAUACUAUCCUUCUACACCUCAAGAAGAAACCGCAACAACUGAGGCUCAAAAAUUGCAGACACCUGUAACCACUAAGACAUAUCCCAUUGAAAUGACAGAGAGAACUACUGUCUUUGCUAAAACCGAAAGAGUUAUGGGUGUUACAAAUCGCUUCACUGAAGAAUCUACUACAGGGAUCCACACAGCCACAGCAGAUAUGAUAAAAGCUAUGGACCUGGAAACUAAGAUUAAUGAAGGGACCGGUGUCUACAGUGGAGAUAUGCUAACAACAGCCUUACCAAAGAUUGAAGGAACCAUGAAAGAGCAGCCGCAAUCUGACACUGAGACAUGUGAUUACGGCUGGCACAAGUUCCAGGGCAACUGUUACAAAUAUUUUGUUCAUCGGCGUGCUUGGGAAGCAGCAGAGAGAGACUGCCGUGUAAUGGGAGCCCAUCUCACCAGCAUUCUUUCCCAGGAAGAGCAGCUGUUUGUGAAUCGUUUGGGAAAUAACUACCAAUGGAUUGGUCUCAAUGAUAAGAUGUUCCAAAACGACUUCCGCUGGACUGAUGGCCAACCUAUGCAAUAUGAAAACUGGAGACCAAAUCAGCCUGACAGCUUCUUCACAUCUGGUGAGGACUGUGUGGUUAUGAUCUGGCAUGAAGAUGGGCAGUGGAAUGAUGUGCCCUGUAAUUAUCAUCUCACGUUUACCUGCAAGAAGGGAACAGUUGCAUGCAGUCAGCCUCCACUUGUGCAAAAUGCCCGCACCUUUGGAUUUUUAAGACCCCGCUAUGAGAUCAACUCCCUGGUGCGAUACCAGUGCCAAACUGGUUUCAUCCAGAGACACCUUCCGACAAUCAAGUGUAGGGGAGAUGGACAAUGGGACAAUCCUAAAAUCUCCUGCAUGAUGCCAUCAACAUAUCAAAGGACUUACGCACUGCAAUAUCGGUACAAUCUCUACAACAAUAACAGGAAGUGGUCCAGUGAACAACUGAAACACCUCCAUAACUGGCACAAAUAAGAAUACAAGAACAGACAUUUACAUAUUUCCUUGGUAAUUGUGCAUUGUGUCCAAGUAGUAAAAGUGCCUUUUUAACAUUGAAACAACUGUUUACAGAUGCUUUACACACUAGAUGAAAUCUUUUUUUUUUUUCCUUUUCAGUACUAAAUACUGAUUGGUAAUGAGAAGGGUAGAAUCAGCUGGUCACUGAAAUCUCUUUCUGUCUGUGUUGAUGGAAUUAUCUUUAUGCUGAGGAAUGUCAGUUGUGAUUUCUUGCUUUGUAAUGGUGUUUAUUUGUUAUGUGCAACACUGUAUAUUUCUUGUCUAAUAUAUUUUAGUAUAGCGGCUUCCUUAAUGACAUAACAUGUGAUUGAAAUCUUCCCAAAAUAUUUUAUGGUGGGACUAUACAAGCUGCAACACUUGUAAAUAGUAUACAGUAUAAUGCUGAAUAAUGUAAAUAUAUCAUAUCAUUUGUCAGAUAUCAGUAUGAAAACAGACUCCUUUAUGAGAGUAAAAUUGACAGUUCUUAUGCUGUUUACGUACAUAGGCUGGAAGCAUUGUAGCUUAAUCUACAAGCAAGUUAUAUUGAAUAUUGUCAAUAGAUAGACCAAAACAUAAUCCUAUCAGAAAUAUAAAUGAAUAUAUGAGGAGACAACCUCCAAUUCUACAUCAACUAUCCAUGACGGGGGUAGCGACAGAAAUCACGCUGACGAUGAGGGUAAAUGAUCCUUCUGGAAUCUUGUUAUAUGUGUGACAUACCCUGAGAUAAUAAAGUUUUGGAGUAAAAUGGUUUAGGGAAAAUGAUACUGUAGACUGUGUUGUAAUUUCAGCCAUGAAUGUGAUGGUUUUCAAAGACUGCCUGCCUUGUUUAUUAUUUUAUAAAGGCAGCUUUGAACAUUUACCUACAGACAGAAAAUUAAAUUAAUUUAGUUUUUUUUUCUUUAAAAAAUAUUAUAUAUUGAUAAAUUAACUGAAUAAAAUUCAUAUUUUCCUAUUGUAUUAUUUAAAUAUAGUAUGUUUAAAAGUAGAUGAAUAGAUAUGAACUGUCUGAAUGCUGCAGCCAAUAAGAAAGGCAAGAUAUUUUAGUGAAUCCAUGAACAUUUAAGUUACACAUUAAAGUUACAGAAAAGUGUAUUUCUUCAUUCUUUUGUGUCAUGUUUACAUGAAAAUUUGACCAUAUUGUUACUAUUCUACUAGUAUCCUCUACACAUAGUAAGUCUUUUAAGCCUUUCAAAGUAAUUUUUUGAUAAAAUCAUUUUUUCGUGAAUAAAUUUUAAAAAGAUAUGAAUAGAAUGUACUUAUUAAAAAAAACCCUGAAAGACUUGAAAAAUACAUUUAAUAAGACAUCUAAUUUAUUAAUGAGUGGGAUGUGUUUCCUUUCAUUAAAUGAAAAAAUAUUAUUGAUAAAAAAAGUUUUCCAUUUGCAGUGUUAAUGAGACAAAAGAAACAUUAAGUGAUAAAAUACCAGCAAUACAAUAAAAUCAAUACAAUUAAAAACUUGUUUUGAUACUGUAUUUAACCCUAUGGAGAAUCUUUGAUUAAAAAAUUACUUGUUUUAACUGUUA